AUGCCACCAAAGGUUUCUGCGAAAAGCAAGCAGCAGCCCAAGCAGCAGGGCGGCAACAAGAAGGGCAAGGGCAGCAACGAUGACAGCGACGACUUUGACGCGAUAUUGGCGGCAGCAGUGAACGCGUCCAAGGAGGACGCGGCCAAAAACCAUGGGAAUAGCCAUCAGGGUAAGCGCAACAGCAACGGGAAUGGUGCUGCACCGGCCAGUAGGAGCCUCGCUGCGGAGGAGCCAGUUGUGCCGAGCUCGGCCGAUCACCCGGAGAACCCCUACCCGAAGACGGCGGAUGGCUACCCGCGGCAGACGUGGCCAGAGCCGACGGUACCAGUGUCGAAGCAGUUUGCUGCUGGCCAGUUCCCGGCCGGGGAGAUCGUCGACCACCCUGGUGAGAUGAACAACUUCCGACGCAGCAGUGAGGAAAAGCGGGCGUUGGCCCGCGCGAGUGAGCAGCAGGUGCAGGAGAUGCGCGAGGCGGCCGAGGUGCACCGCCAGGUCCGCACCUGGGCACAGAGCUGGAUCAAGCCAGGCCUAUCACUGAUGCUCAUGACGGAUCGCAUCGAGAAGAAGCUGAAUGAGCUGAUUGGCAAGGACGGCAUCCUUCGGGGACAGGCCUUCCCGACAGGAUGCUCGCUGAACAAUGUCGCAGCGCACUACACACCCAAUACCGCUGACGAAAAAGUGGUUUUGACGUAUGAUGACGUCAUGAAGGUCGACUUCGGCACCCACAUCAAUGGCCGCAUCAUCGACUGCGCCUGGACGGUCGCCUUCAAUCCUAUGUUCGACCCGCUGCUGCAGGCCGUGAAGGAGGCGACGUACGAGGGCAUCAAGCAGGCGGGCAUUGACGUCCGUCUCGGCGACAUCGGCGCCGCCAUCGAGGAGGUGAUGGAGUCGCAUGAGGUGGAGAUCAACGGUAAGGUGCACCAGGUGAAGAGCAUCCGAAACUUGUCCGGCCACAACAUCGCCCCCUACAUCAUCCAUAGCGGCAAGAGUGUGCCCAUCGUGAAAGGCGGCGAGCAGACGAAGAUGGAGGAGGGGGAGGUGUUUGCCAUCGAGACCUUCGGUUCCACUGGUCGCGGCUUCGUGAACGAGGAUUUGGAGUGCUCCCACUACAUGAUGCGACCCGGAGCGGAGGUGAUGCAGUUGCGCUCGGAGAAGGCGCAGCAGCUGCUGAAGCACAUCCACAAGUCGUACAGCACGUUGGCGUUCUGCCGCAAAUGGCUCGACCGCGACGGCUUCGAUCGUCACCUCAUGAACCUGAACCGCCUGGUCGAUGAGGGCGCCGUGAACAAGUACCCGCCGCUGGUGGACGUCAAGGGCAGCUAUACAGCUCAAUAUGAGCACACCAUCUACCUCGGCCCAACCGCGAAGGAAAUUCUUUCCAAGGGAAGCGACUACUAG